AUGGCUCGUCUCACAACUCUUCUCUUUGCCAUGUGGCUUGGUGUGACAGUGAGCACAGUGGUCGAUCUGGAGAAGAGAAUCUUCGGAGGUGAAGAGUGUGGACCAAAAGAGCGUCAGUACCAUGUCCAGCUGAUAACCACUGAUAUGGACCGACAACAGUUCCUUUGUGGCGGCUCUCUGAUCAGUGACCGAUGGAUUCUGACUGCAGGUCACUGCUUUAAGCCAGGAGGGACAUUCACCGCAUAUAUAGGCGUGCAUCAUGCUUUUCCUGUGGGAAUCAAAGAUCCACCUAAGAUCUUCAACGACGGCAAGAUACACGACCUCAUGUUACUGAAGCUGCCUGAAGCAGUUGUAGGUUUCAAACCUGUACAACCUCCCGACUGUCAACAUCGUCCCAAGAUAGGUGCUGUGGUUCAGGUGGCAGGUCACGGUCGCUCGAAGCUUGGCCCAAAUAAUGAAAAACUACCUAGUUCUUCAGACACUCUGCAAUGUGCUGAUAUGAACAUCGCCGACUGUCAAGGUCGAAUCCAUGAGCACUGGUUCUGUUACAGAGCACGUUCGAUGGAUACAGGUGGCGGUGACUCUGGUGGAGGAGUGGUGUACAGGGACAGGAUUUAUGGUGUCCAUGUAAGGGGUCAUCCUACACAUGCCUUUGCUGCACCAGCUACAUCUAUGGACCUCUGUUAUCCGCCAUACUUGAAGUGGAUCAAGGAUACUAUCAAAGGCCGACGGGACAGCGUGAACAGAUUUAAAAAGACACAACUGUUGCAUCUGGAGGACAGUCACCGAGACGGUGUGACAGUGAGCACAGUGGUUGAUCUGGAGAAGAGAAUCUUCGGAGGUGAAGAGUGUGGAGCAAAGGAGCGUCUGUACCAUGUCAAGGUGAUAUCAACUGAUUUGGACCGACAACGGUUCCGUUGUGGCGGCUCUCUGAUCAGUGACCGAUGGAUUCUGACUGCAGGUCACUGCUUUAAGCCAGGACGGACUUUCACCGCAUAUAUAGGCGUGCAUCCUGGUCCUCCUCGAGUAGUGAGAAUCACAGAGAAACCUAAAAUCUUCAACGACGGCAAGAUACACGACCUCAUGUUACUGAAUCUGCCUGAAGCAGUAGGUAUCAAACCUGUACAACUUCCCGACUGUCAACAUCGUCCCACGAUGUGA